CCCCUCAUUUAAUAAAUUUUAUAAACAAGGGACUGAGGCCUGGCAAGAUUAUAUGACACAUACUAAUCUGUGUUAGAGUAAGGGUGAGCAUUAGGCUCAUGACUGGAGUGGAAAUGGACAAUAAAUGUGAAGAUAAGAAACAUGUCAUUCAUCUUUGUGUUCUCCAGCUCCUGGUUCAGUGCCUGGCACAAAGUAGGGGCUUCAUAAACAUUAGUCACAGACCUGCCUGAUGGACUGACUUGAAUGAAUGAAUGAAUGAACAAAUGAUAUGUCUAUACUUUGUGUUCCCUAUUAACUAGCUGGGCUUGCACACAGUCCUUUGCAGGCCUAUUUCAUCUAAGAUAUUAGAGGGCUGUCUCUACUUGCCAUGACUAAUACUCUUCUUCUUCUGCAGUAUUGCUUCCUCUUUGAUGAUAUAACAGGAUAAACAUCAGAACGCUUACGGGAUGUGUGUCAUGCGGCAUGACAGAGAGCUGGGGUUUCCUUUAAUGUGACUGUAGAGCCGGCAGUGUUAAUAUAGGAAUCACUGGUGGUCAGACACCCCUCUGUGCUGGGCCGGUGUUCAGUGAGGGUGGCUACUGGCUUAUGUGAUCAUCGUGGAGGAGACAGUGGGAGGAAGUACCCAGUUCAAUUGGAGAGUGAAAACUGUGCCUCACAGAGCUGUCCUUUGACUUUUCUUCUGCAGAACCCAUGUUGUCACAUCUAUUCUUUGACUGUGUCCUGCUGCUGCUACUGCUUGCAGGGUCUUUGGAAGCUGAAUACAUAGUGGAAGUGGGUCAGAAUGCCAAUCUGCCCUGCUUCUACACUCCCACCACCCCAGGGCACCUCAUACCUGUAUGCUGGGGCAAGGGAGCCUGUCCUGCGCUUGGAUGUGGCACUUCGGUCCUCAACACUGAUGAAAGGGACAUGACCCAUCAGGCAUCCAGCAGAUACUGGCUAAAGGGGGAUUUCCGCAAAGGAGACGUGUCCCUGACCAUAGAGAAUGUGACUCUAGUAGACAGCGGGACCUAUUGCUGCCGGAUCCAGGUCCCAGGCCUAAUGAAUGACAAAAAGUUCGACCUGAAGUUGGUCAUCAAACCAGUAGCCAAGGUCACCCCUGCUACGACUCUGCAGAGACACGUCACUGUGGCCUUUCCAAGGAUGCCAACCACCAGCGGGGGACGUGACUCAGCAGAAACACAGACACUGGGGAUCCUCCAUGAUAAAAAUCAAACACAAAUAUCCACAUUGGCUAAUGAAUUACAAGACCCUGGAGUGUCCAGCAGAAUAGCUGUCUACAUUGGAGCAGGGAUCUCUGCUGGGCUGGCUCUCACUCUUAUCUUUGGUGCUUUAAUUUUCAAAUGGUAUUCUCAUAGAAAAGAAAAGUUACAGAAUUCAAGCCUCAUCUCUUUUACCAACCUCCCCCCGUCAGGGCUAGAAAAUGCCAUAGCAGCAGGGAUGCGCUCGGAAGAAAACAUCUACACCAUCGAGGAGAACGUAUAUGAACUGGAGGAUUCAAAUGAGUAUUAUUGCUCUAUUCAGCCAUGAGCAGCAAUCCUGACACCCUCUGGGUUUGUCACCUUUCAAUACCAUGGAUCCAACCACUUCACUUUUGGGCUUGGUAUUAUCAUCUUUUUCGAAAACUAUGAGAUGUGUCAGCUGGCCAGUUUUAGAGGUUCUGUCCAUGAUGGCCAAACAGAGUCUUCCUAUUUCUAAAGAUAAUUAGCUCACAUGGGGAUUGAACUAUGACCUGCACCAAACUCAAACAGGCAUGGCAUUACCUUUGUAUUUAAGCCAACAGGGCUACCCACCCCAAAGAUUGUUAAUCAUGGGUGUUAGAGCUCAAACAGGCUUUUAUAUACAUUAGGAAUUCUGGACAUGGGGUCUCUGGAGCUCCGGGAAAUCCAGGCACAUGAUGUGUCCAUGAAGUUCCUGAAGACCUAGGGAAAAUUGUGUGCUGAGAUAGGUGCAUGUCUUUUUUGGUGCAGAAAGUCUAAAGGGGGCCACUGCUUUUCAAAGAGAUCUGUGAUUAUUAAAAGGUUAAGAAACUACUGGAUCAGGACCACAUUAUCUUGAGGAUUCCCUUCGCUUGUGGAGUCUGAGCAUUGUCUCUCCCACAGCAAGCACCACUGCACCGCUGUCCUUUGCCUCAGAAAGACUGGCCAGGGGAAAAAGGAAGUGCGUUUGCUUGGUGUGUGGUACCAAGUUUUGCUUGUGGUGCACUCAAAAGGAAAUACCUCUGACCAACUUCUCCAUUCAUGGAGCGAACUGGAGCUGUAUUUUUCACAGAAGGAGAAGCGGUGACUGGGACACAGAUUCUGCUUCCUGGGGAAAAGAAGGCAGAGGCCUCCAGCAAGCUGUCCUGUCCACGUCAGACCCCUCGAUGGAAACACAGCAGUCCCUAAACUUACAUUCCAAGGUGGUGCAGGACUCCUCUGUCUUGCUUAUUGUUGUCUCCCCAGAGCCUCACGUGACUCUGACACAUAAUAAGAUCUUACUAAAUGUCUUUAGAGUGAAAAAAUUAAAUAAGCAGAAAGGUGGCUUUCUGGAAAGUCUUUUCCAUUGGAAAGCUCAGUCAGAAUAUGACUUUGUAACUUCACUUUGGAGAAUUUGUAAAUUCCCUGAAGCUCCCAUAUCUGCUCAUACCCAGGCCAAAGUGGCCUUUGUUUCUCAACAUCUUCUCCCAGCUCGGGACCUUGUGACUCUGUUACUCUUUUGUCUGUUUCCCUUUUCCUGCGGAGCCCUCCUUAGCACGUAAAGAAUGAAUCAACAAUAUGGACCUAUGGCUGCCUGAGAAAUGCUGUUUCCCAGAAGAUGACUAAGCUGCUACUAUGUUGCAUGCAGAAGAUGUUGAUCACCAGGGCUACAGGCAGCCUGUUUGUUUCUAGCAGUCUUUUUGGCAGUCUUGUUAUGUGAAUUAUAGUGUUUGGGCUGUAUCUAGAGUUUUGGAAGACACUGACCUUCCACAGAGAGAAGUGUAAGGGAGAUAAUUUUGCAAAAUUAAUUAUGGGAACCAGCUCUCAUACAGGCUGCAAAAUUAAUCACAAGUGUUUUAAAGUCACAAAAUUCUAGUGGGAAGGGACUUCAGAACCCAUUUGAACCAGAUCAAUGAUUCCCCCCAAAAGAAAUUCUUAUCCUACAAAAAUCUUUAAAGAAAAGUAGGUGUAUAAGGACGAUCAUUGCAAUGGUAUUUGUAAGAGACAUUUACAUCAAUAGGGGAAUAGUUGAUUACAUUGUGUUAUGUCAAUACACUGGCGCAGCUAAAAAGAAUUAGGUAGUUUAAUCACUAAGCUUUUUUUCAAUGCAGCCAAUCCUUAUGAAGUGCAUAUGAUGUGCCAGGUAUUUUGGAGCUGGAACCAUAGAAGGGGACCAAAUAGACACAUCCCUGACACCAUGGAACUUCUAGUUGAUCUUAUGGGAAGGAGGAUUCAUGUCCAUUUGACAAGGAAAACUGUCAGGCACCUGCACUGCCGUUCGCCACCUCCCUGCCGCUCCACAUCCUGGUGGGCCAGCGCUGGGCAGGGCCGGUUGGAGGGCACGCUGCUGGGCCGGCCCCCGUGCCACCGCCUGCUGUCCUGGCCUGCACUCUGGCUGCACUGGCUGUGUCAUCCUGAUUGGGUACUUUUGGAUCCCACUGUUGCUGAUUGGAUGUUAAAGCUUGCUGCUGAUUGGAUGUUAAAGCUUGUAGUUGAUUGGACACUUUUUGAGUCCUACCAAGGGUAUAAAAGCAAGAGGAGAACAAGGAAGGAGGGGUCAGAAGAUCAGAAGAGGAGAUGGGAGCUGUAACGUUUGCUGUGCUGUGCCUGCUGGCUGAAUAAAGGCCGUUCUCCGACUCUUCGUGUGCCACUUGGUUCUUUCCCCGUCAAGAGCUGUGGCACUAGCUGUACAC